AUAUCAGCCUCCCGAUAUCGACGUCUUAUCUCCACCGGAGAUGAAGAGCACUCUGGAAGAGCUGCAUGAACCCAUCUUGAACUCAGUGCAGCCACUACCGACAGAACCAGAAGCCAUUGCCAACCAUCAUGAAACGGACUCCCAGCUCGAGAAAGUGCUAUCUGACACCAAGUUGCCAUACUUCAAGCGCCUCCGGUUAGCCUCAUGGAUUGAACUUAAGCUACUCUUCCGCCUGGCUGCGCCGGCGGUGCUUGUUUACUUGAUCAACUACUCCAUGUCGUUGUCCACCCGUGUCUUCUGCGGCCACCUCGGCAAUCUCGAGCUCGCCGCCGCCUCCCUUGGCAACAGCGGCGUCCAACUCCUUGCUUACGGCCUCAUGCUAGGGAUGGGAAGUGCGGUGGAGACUUUCUGCGGCCAAGCAUAUGGGGCCCAUAGAUACGAAAUGCUCGGAAUAUAUCUCCAAAGAGCAACGAUUGUCCUCACCCUCACCGGAAUUCCGAUGACGGUGAUCUACGUCUUGUCCAAGCCGAUCCUGCUUUUACUAGGAGAAUCCACCGAGGUUGCUUCUGCUGCGGCCGUUUUCGUAUACGGUCUGAUCCCACAGAUCUUCGCCUACGCCGUGAACUUCCCCAUCCAGAAGUUCCUCCAGGCACAGGGCAUUGUGACUCCGAGCGCCUACAUAUCGGCGGCGACGCUGGUGGCGCACCUGCUGUUGAGCUGGGUGGCAGUGUACGAACUUGGCCUGGGCUUGAUCGGGGCGUCGCUGGUGCUGAGCCUGUCGUGGUGGAUAAUUGUUGGGGCACAGAUAGUUUAUAUCUUGAUGAGCGAAAAGUGCAAGCAGACGUGGGCUGGGCUCAGCCUUCAGGCUUUUUCUGGGCUAUGGGACUUCUUCCGGUUAUCGGUGGCGUCCGCUGUGAUGCUCUGCCUGGAAACAUGGUAUUUCCAGAUACUUGUCCUGAUCGCCGGUUUGCUCGAAAACCCUGAAAUUGCAUUGGACUCACUUUCCAUUUGUAUGGCUAUAACUGGGUUGCUGUUCAUGGUUUCAGUAGGGUUUAAUGCAGCUGCAAGUGUCAGGGUAAGCAAUGAGUUAGGUGCCGGGCACCCCAAGUCGGCAGCAUUCUCCGUCUUCAUUGUGAACCUGAUAUCUUUCAUCAUCGCCGUAGUGGAAGCUGCUAUCGUGUUAGCUCUGCGCCACGUCAUCAGCUACGCCUUCACCAGUGGCGAGACCGUCGCCGAGGCCGUAUCCGAUUUGUGCCCACUACUCGCUAUCACUCUUGUUCUCAAUGGAAUUCAGCCUGUCCUGUCUGGUAUGUAUAUAUGAAUCACAUGCAUGGAUCAAGAUGUGACUAAUAUAUAUACGUACGUAUGUUUCUCUGCUAUGUGUAAUUAAUUGUGAAGCAUGCAAUUUGGUGGCACUGGUAGGGGUGGCUGUUGGAUGUGGAUGGCAAGCCUUUGUGGCAUAUGUAAAUGUAGGAUGUUAUUAUGCUGUUGGGAUUCCUUUGGGAUGUCUUCUUGGUUUCAAAUUUGAUCUUGGUGCAAAGGUUUGUAUAAAAUAUAAAACCCUCAUGCAGAAUUAAUCACUUUUCCUGAGAAAAUAAAGAUGUAAAGAAAGGUUUUGCUCAUAAAGGAUUGACAUGUUUUGAGCAGGGAAUAUGGUCAGGGAUGAUAGGAGGAACGAUGAUGCAGACCAUCAUUUUACUCUGGGUUACAUUUCGAACAGACUGGAACAAAGAGGUGGAGGUAUCAAGGAAGAGGUUGGAUAAAUGGGAGGACAAGGAGCCACUUAAUAAAAACUAAUAGUAACUUGCAAGCAGCAAUUUUUUUUUUUACAAGGAAGUUAGUAUAAAUUAGUUGUUAGUAAUUGGAGAUUCGAUCCCCAAACUGGGUGAACAUUCCACUCCUUCAAAUGAGGCGCGCACGACCAUCAGACCGCUUUUUGGUGGAGUUCACAACGGUAGUAGAGUUCAAAGCUUUGACCACUAUCUCACCCAAGCACUUAAGACUUGUGGUCGAAUCAUUGGGUCUAAAAACCCGGUUCUUGUAAGCAGCAUUUUAAUGCAGAAAUGAGUGUGAAAAUUUGACAAAGACCCAUGAUUGAAGCAU